AUGGCAAUCAUGGGCCACCUGAUCCAGCAGCAGGUGGAUGCUGCACUCUGCACCAUCAUCGAUAUCCUGGAUGAGGACAUAGAUGGUGAAUAUACCCUUGCGGGCGCCGACAGGGGUGAGGCCGAGAUGCCUGCGCUGCUGGCGCUGGUCAUCGAAGCAAUGAAGACCCAUCCGUCUGCACCGGAGGUCCAAGGACGAGGCGCGUCAUGCGUGAGUUUGCUGGUGCCCUACGUACCGCCCGUCUCGUUGAACGCGAUGGCUCCUGGUGCCAUCGCCGCAGUAUUGAACGGCUCGCGCCGAUAUCCUCGAAGGAUGGACGUCAUGGGCGGAUCGGCAGCAGCUUUGCGUGCUUUCUGUGAAUUGUGCAGGCGGAUGCCGCCGGGACCUCUCGGCAAGGCAAUUGUGGAAAGCCUUCGACAUGAGGGCGCCGUCGAUUGCGUUGAGCAGGUGUUUUGCGUCUUCUCACACUAUGAGGAUUCGACCGAGAUGUUAGAGGAUGCUGCUGCAGUGCAUGCCCAGCUGUCAGGAGUGCAGGCACUCCUAACUCGCCUGGAGACGGAACCUGCCACAUCCUUGCUGCGGGUUGCAGGGCUCAAGGCACUCUUUGAGGAGGGCCGCCUCGAUCCUGAGUUCUUCAGUGCCCAUGCAGCCGCCUCUGCCAUGGAGGCCUGUGAACGUAUGGUGCGGGAGGCAAACGAGUACAACGAGACAGGGAAGGAUGCGGCAGACCCGCCGAUUGACACCACCAGACUGCACGAGGUGGCAUCCUUGCUCUCUGGCCUCUGUCGAGGGCGCUUGCACUGCAUGUGCUGA